AAUUUAUCAACGGAUCACAUAUAAUAAUUUGAACUUUCCCAUAGGACUACUUUUUUAGAGACGAAGAUCGUCUUGAAGUAGAGUCUUUAAGAUGGUAGCCGACUCCGGAGAACUCGGGGUCGGUGCAUAUAUGACCUACGAGGACUACCUCGAUGCGCAAAUUACAGCCGUCGACAGAAAGUAUCUCGCAGAUGACGAGUUGGCGAGACAACUGGUAUAAUUGGAAUGUGCGUUGUUAUUCUUAGGGUGUUUGGAGGUUGGUUUUCCGCAAGUGGACGCUUCUUGGAGAUUCUACUAGACUGCGCGUCUAAAAUGUAGGUCCUCCAACUCAUGAUGCAAUUCUUCUCGUGAAGAUUCUACGGUUAUCGUUAUUCGUAUCCUAUCCUCUUCCUCCCAUCCACUACCCCGAUCCAGGUCGAAAUAGGUGCAAGGAAAGGUGAUGUCUUGUCGAGAGAAGAAUUUGCAGCAAGACGAGAGGCGCAGGAGCAGGCCAAAAGAGCGAAGCUCCAGAAUGCGCCAAAAGUCCUAGCAUCCGCGAAUAAAGAUUUGACGGACUAUCCGUUUCUGAGGCAUUUGGUACUUGAUGAAACUCUUCAGAAAGCUCUUCAGCAGUUGUUAUGGAGGACCUUGACUUCCAUUCAUUGUCCUAAUCGUCUGUACUACAGGCCGCUCGCGAGGAGCUCGUCAGACAGGGAAAGCUGUCUGUGAUCAUUUUUAUAAGAGACCGGAAUGCGAAGGGACAAGAAAUUAGCGGCUAUAUCGACUAUGGCCAGCGACUCAGACAGGAAAAUUUCGAGGGCUAUUUUGAGAGUACUACAUUUUUUGAGUUUGGAUUAUACGAUGGAUUGUGUUUAAAAACAGCUGCUCUCUUCAGAAAACAUAGUUCUCCUCUUCCCAUUUUUUCAUGAAUAUUUGUUUUUCUCUCUAUCCAGACCCCAUGACAGACCAGCAACCCCUGGCACUCUCUUUCUCAGGAAAAAAGCGCCUACUCCCCAAGCCAGCGGACCUGUCUUUCCUCAAUUGGGACACGCAGUUUACUAGUUCGAACGAGUCUCCGAACUUCCAUAUCAUCCCUGACUACGAACAGGGUUUGAUAUUCAAGAAUAAGAGGGACAGGAAGAUCAUAUGCGUCGAUCCCAGAGUCAAGGACCCUGGUGACAAUAGCAAGAGACACGAAAUAAAGACUGCUGAGUACAUCCAGGUGGUCAUAUUCGAUCACAUGACCAGGAAGAAGGCAACAUAGGAGAUAUGAACUCUUGGAUGAUUGAACUGGUUGUCCUUGUCUCGCUCUAGAAGUUAUUAGUCUAGAAAUCAAUUUGAUUCGCAUGAUUCGCUUUGAAAUUAGAUACUCGUUGUAAGACUCGCGGAAAACACUAACACGACUAUUGAUUCGCUAUUAUUCGCUGACGCUGACACAUUGACACAUUUGAUGAUUCGCUGAAAGACACUAUUAUUAUCGAUUUGCACUAGCACUGACUAGCUGUCCACACAAGUGAUUGUGGACGGAACAGGGUGGAGAAACUAUUAGGAGGCUCGAAAACAGCUGUCCUCCAAGGAUGUAGGUGAGACAUGUAAAAUUACAGUUUAUUUGGAGGAAGAUGAACUAGACGAGUAGAAUCCAAGCACCCUCAC